AUGUUUUCAUCACAGGACAAACGAGGAAUGGGCAGCAGUAGGAAGUACGGUCGGAUUCUAAUUAUCUUGAUCAUCAUCUCUGGAGGGUGCUUGAUGGCGGUAAUCAACGUCUCCCAGAACCUUCUAUCGUUGGAGACCCAUGCAAGAAUACCCAUCAAUCAAGAAGAGGAAGCGGAUGGUCCUACAAGAAACUUUUAUCGUCCGAAAGAUGAUGGUGACUACGAUCCUUGUGAUCGAAAACGUGUCAUUAUCGUGGGGGCAGGAGCCAGUGGUUUGACGGCUGCCAAGCGUCUGAUCACACAACAACGAGCAGCUCCACAGUCAUCAUCCAAUCCGUCUUGUCAGAACCAACCACCCAUUCAUGUUCAGAUUAUGGAAGCUUCCUCUGGAUUUGGUGGUCGCGUCCAAAAGGACACUUCGGGGUUUUCCCAUGACUUUUAUCCCCCGGAUCUGGGAGCUUCUUGGGUAUAUGACCCGGCACGGUUGGCCCUCAUGGCGCAAAAUCCAAGCUUGGACUUGUCCCACAAACAUGUGGCUCCCGUGACGUUGCCCGAUUUCCAAGCCAUCAAAAUGGUACCCAAUGACGACGACGCCAGCGAUAUACACGAACUGCAUCCAAGGUCCAUGGACAUGCACGCAGACGACAAUCAUCUUUGGGUCAAUUAUACCUGGUAUGACUUUCUUCACGAUCAUAUUGUUCAUCCUGCCCUUAUUGGCAACAGCAAAAGACAGCAGCACUUGGUCUACAACUGUCCAGUUGAUCGAAUCAUACAACAUAAAGACGACAGCAUACUCGUGGGAUGUGGAAAACGGGAAUUCCUGGCAGAUCAUGUAUUGAUAACGGUACCAUUGUCCAUUCUGCAAGACCAACAACAUGCCAUUACUUUCUCGCCACCCCUACCUCGUCGAUUCCGGAGACAAAUUGCUCAGUCCAAAAUGUGGCAAGGUAUGAAAAUCUUUUUGGAAUUCACACGCAAGUUCUACUACGACGUCUUUGAAUGGAGACCGGACGACGGAGAGAUGGACUUUUGGGACUACAGCAUGGUCUAUACUAAUAAAAGACUGUCUGAUCGGAAGCAAAACAUUCUUGCGGGAUACUACAUCGGAGAACCCUUUCAAUCCAGAUUUCUUCUUCCAAACCAAAAACAAAUGUCGGAAAAAGACAUGGUGCAAAUCGUCUUGGACGAUCUCGAUCAAGUCUUUGGUCGCAAAAGGGCCACUCGGAACUUCAUCAAGCACAAGAUUGUCAAUUGGAGUGCCAAUCCCUUUAUCCGAGGCAUCUACUCGAAUCAAGCAGUGCUGCGACCCAAAAAACUCGACAACGGCGACGACGACGGUCCACGUCGAGUUGGUGGCCCCCAGCAAUUGUGGAAACGCUGCAAAUUAGUGGUGGCAGGAGAAGCCUUUCCUGUACCACCACAUCACAACGGAUGGGUGGAUGGGGCUUCCUUGUCUGGCCUGCACGCCGCCGAAAUGAUUCUGCGACGGCUAGGAUAUAUAGAAUCUGCAGAUGACUUUUCCAUUCCUCAAGACUUGUGGGAGACAGCAGAUUGA